ACAUGCAUAACAUAGACUAAGGUCCACUCAUUAUUAUUAAACCUUUCCUCUUUCUUCCUUCAAUCCAUUUUCUCCACACAUCCCAAAAAAAAAAUUAUAAGUUUACUUUGUUGUAUUACCAAAUUUUUUUUACUGAAAAUGGAUUCAUCAGAUGAUGAUAAUGAAGAGUAUUUAUUCAAGAUAGUAAUAAUAGGUGAUUCAGCAGUUGGUAAAUCAAAUUUAUUAUCAAGAUAUGCAAGAGAUGAGUUUAAUUUGCAUUCAAAAGCAACUAUUGGUGUUGAGUUCCAGACACAAGUUGUUGAAAUUAAUGGUAAAGAAGUUAAAGCACAGAUUUGGGAUACUGCUGGUCAAGAAAGAUUUAGAGCUGUUACUUCUGCUUAUUAUAGAGGUGCUUUUGGUGCAUUACUUGUUUAUGAUAUUAGUAGAAGGACUACUUUUGAAAGUGUUACUAGGUGGCUUGAUGAACUUAAUA